AUGCCACCAGUGACACAAAUCAAUAACAUCACGUCUGGUCCGCUUUGGGAGCCAUAUCCCAAAGGAUCAACUAUGGAGCGCAGAGGUUCGUGGCACAAAUCCACUCAAUCUCAAAAUAUCCAAUUCAACUCUUCCCCUCUCUCGUCUCUCAGACUGCCACUGGCUUCAACAUCAUCUCUCCCAUCCACACCAUCAGCGUCAACAAAACCGCCCACUCUUGAAGAUCUUGAGAUCGAAGAGAUGAGCACCGAUAGGGUCUCAGAGCUAGUUAAAAGGUCCAUCAAUAGUCGUAAUGGUGAUAGGAACAUUGUUCUGCUACUGGACAUGCGACCGCUUACCUGCUAUGCUACGUCCACUAUCAAAUCUGCCAUCAAUGUGAGUGUGCCCAAUGUGUUAUUGAAGCGUCCCAUGUACUCUCUUAAGAUGGUGAUGGAGCAGUUAAGGACGGAGAGGGAGGUUGAAGCUUUCUCGAAUUGGAGAAAGUUCUCCAACAUUGUGGUAUUUGAUGCUACGGGGACACUACCCGUCAAGGGAUCGCCCAUUUUUUGCAUUAUUCAGAAGUUUCGCCAGGAAGGCUGUUCAGCCAAAAUGGCCUUUAUUCAUGGAGGAUAUAAUGCAUUUGCUCAUAGCCAUGCAUCUCUGUGCUAUGGUGCAAACCAACAAGGGAUGCUUGAUGUAUCAAACAAAGGUCAAGAACAGGAGGGAUCCAACCCGAAUUCAGUCAGCGAGACAAAAAAAUCCUCAACUAACGUACGCAGUCGCCUACAUCUUGGUUCACUGCCCGAGAUUAUGGCCAAGCCAAAUACCGGUGAGACCUCCGUGUGCCAGACACCCAUGAUGGAGAAUCCCAAUAUCAACCCCCUUUUUGAGAGUGUCCGUCUAGCAAUGGGCCUCAAUACAAGCAUCACGGAAGAAGUUGCUGUCCGCCUCCCACUUGGAUUUACAGCCGACAGUCUUCAAGGCCAACUCCCCUCUUGGCUAGAUGAGGCCAUUCAUCCUGACAAAGGCAAGUCUAGAUUGGCCAAAUGCUUUCAGAAAAUCGAGGGUAGUGAGAAGAAGAGGCUUGCUCUGCUGAUGGCGCCCCAGGAAAUGACAUCUAAUAAGGAGACAAAACUCAGUAUUUCUGCCGGAUUGGAGAAAGGGUUGAAGAACCGGUAUAACCAUAUCUGGCCCUUUGAUCAGACACGAGUUAAGAUCAAGGAGUGCCAGGACGAGGAAGAUGAUUAUAUUAAUGCCUCGUUCCUAAACUCUCCCUUCGGAAACAAAUCAUACAUUGCAACUCAAGCACCAUUACCAUCGACAUUUCAAGACUUUUGGAAGAUAGUCUGGGAGCAAGGGUCACAAGUUGUUGUCAUGCUCACACGCGAAUUCGAGAUGGGCAGGAUUAAGUGUCAUCAGUACUGGCCAUCAUCAGAGCAUCCGAUCAUGGAUCUUGGCCUCUUGGAGGUCAAAUUUAUUAACGAGCGUCGUCUCGAUGGCUUCAAUGACACAAUCUUGGUACGUCAGAUGUGUUUGAGACAUCGCAAUCGCGACCAUACUCAGGAAGAGAAGGCAAGGUCGUCAACGCGGAUAAUCACCCAGAUUCAAUACACUGGCUGGCCAGAUUUUGGCGUCCCGGAGACGCCAAUGGAUGUACUCAGGGUGAUUUACCUUGCGAACAGCUACAACAAUGAUGUCCAAGCAUUGGCGGGCCCGAUGGUGAUACAUUGUUCCGCGGGGUGUGGAAGGACUGGAGCCUUUUGCACUAUUGACUCUGUACUUUCUGGAUUCAAGCAACAGUCCUCCGAAGUGCUUGGUAUUGCGCGAACUUCAUCAGACUUAUCUCAUCCCCGUGGUAUUCACAACAAUGCUUACGCUUUAAAUACCAUCGGACGAGCCCCUACGCAGAGUGAGUGGCUGGGGGGCUCGACAAUUGAUGCAGUUUAUGCGACCGUAAACAGGUUCCGAGAGCAGCGACUUUCGAUGGUUCAGUGUUUGCGUCAAUAUGUGUUCUGCUAUGAGGCUAUUGUUUGGCAAUUGGUGAUUGAGCGUGAUGGUUGUGGGGAAACGUUGGUGUCGCCUUCCAAAGGUGCCAUUGUGUCUCAGGCACCAUGUUCUUCGUCAUUACGAUCCAUGUCGUCGGGCCCUGCCAAGUUCUCUAAAGAAGAUACAUAUUCACCAACAACAUCAUACUUUAGCUGA